AUGGCAACAGUCAAGAUGAAGGCCGAUCAGAAGAAGACCAUCCUGCUUGACAUAAUAAGGGGAAGCAAGUCGUUCUUUAAACUGCAGGAGCUAGAAAGCCUGGGGUCGAAGAAAGGAAUAGUAGUAAACACCAUCAAGGAUAUCCUGCAGCAGCUUGUCGACGACGGGCUUGUCACUGUUGAAAAGGUUGGGUCCUCGAACCUGUACUGGUCAUUUGCAUCUGACGGAGUCCAGAAGAAGAAGCUGAGAUGCAAGAGCCUUGCCGAGGAGUGCAAAAGCAUGUCUGAGGAGGUUCUAAGGAAGAGGGAGUAUCUGGAGAGUGAGAGGGUGGCCAAGAACUACACCGAGGAAAGAAGGGAGCUGGAGAGCAAACUAAAUGCGCUUUCAAAGAUAGAAGAGGAGCAAAGGGAGGAGCUGAGCAAGUUUGAGGAAACAGACCCCACGGUUUACGACAAGCUUAUUGCCGACAGAAGGGAGGUGGUUGAUGAAUACAAUAAGAUUAUUGAUAACAUCUUUAUCAUACAGGAUUACAUAUGCAACAAGUUUUCGAUGGAGAAGUCUGAGUUUAACAGCAGCUUCGGGAUCCCUCAGGACUUGGAUUAUAUUCAAUGA